CCUGAGCCGGGGGAGGCCAGGCGGCCCGGGUGGCUGGAGGGGGGUCCGCUGCCCGAGAAUGGGAAUUCUCUUCACCAGGAUUUGGAGACUGUUCAAUCACCAGGAGCACAAAGUUAUCAUUGUUGGGCUGGAUAAUGCAGGAAAAACUACCAUCCUUUACCAGUUUUCUAUGAAUGAAGUUGUACAUACAUCCCCUACAAUAGGAAGUAAUGUAGAAGAGAUAUUGAUUAAUAAUACACGUUUUCUAAUGUGGGAUAUUGGUGGCCAAGAAUCUCUUCGUUCUUCCUGGAAUACUUACUAUACUAACACGGAGUUUGUAAUAGUCGUUGUGGACAGUACAGACAGAGAAAGGAUUUCUGUAACUAGAGAAGAACUCUACAAAAUGUUAGCCCAUGAGGACCUGAGGAAAGCUGGAUUGCUGAUUUUUGCUAAUAAACAAGAUGUUAAGGAAUGCAUGACUGUAGCAGAAAUCUCCCAGUUUUUGAAACUAACUUCUAUUAAAGAUCACCAGUGGCAUAUCCAGGCAUGCUGUGCUCUUACUGGCGAGGGAUUAUGCCAAGGACUUGAAUGGAUGAUGUCACGGCUUAAGAUUAGAUGAUCUCUACUGACCUCUUCUCAUAGACUUUGUAUAAAGUGCUGGACUUUACAUGAAAGCUGCAAAACUUAAUGGUUUAGAUAUAUUUAUAAUAAACUGAAUUAAACAUUUAAACUUUUUCUAUAAGAAGAAAAAUUAAGACCACUUAUUUGAAAACAAAGAUGAAGUCUCACCUUCCAAUCUGCUUUCUCAUUAGUUCCUUCCAAAGCAAAGUCUUAAAGCUGUGAUUGACACUUUUCUCAUAAUGAAUCCUCUCAGGAUGUUGUGUAGCCUGUGGUAAGUACAAAGGGAGAGGAAGACAUUUUUAACUUUAAGAGCUUUAUUAUUAGUAUAACCCUCCCUAGUUGAAUGUUGUUCUCCUCUUGUUCCAUUAAGUCAAAAUACAAAUCAGCACAGUUACUCAGUUUCCAAUAUUUUAAAGUGUAAUGUUACUUAUGAAAAGUAUUUUGCCUAAGGUUGUUUAUGUAUUGUGUAUAUACCUCAAGUUCCAGUUAAUGGCUUUGAUUUAUGUUCUAAAAAAGUGAGUAACACACAAUUUAAUAAUAUCCUUAGUUAUAACCAUAGUGAGAUGAGUACUGGCAUUGGUGGUAACUGCCAUUUUGUACUUGCCGUAUGUUCUCUGUAUCAGACUAAUCAACCCCCCAACUCAUUGAGCUGCUCUUUUGAAAAAAAAAAAAAAAAGAGAAAAAAAAAAAGAAAGACAGAAAAAGGAAAAAACUUGACAUUGUCUACCUAAUUUUUUGUUGACCAAAUCACAUACAUGGAAACAGGUAAUCCAGCUGAGUGGAAAAUCUAUCAUAUUCUUGACUUAGUAUUACUAAUGGACAGAAUUGCAUGUUGAGCAGUUACCAGAUUGUUCCCUUUAUUGGACCUUAUGCCAUCUAAAUUACUGAGUAAAUUGUUAAUCCAUUAAUCAGUCAAUCAUUACUUGUGAUUAAAGUCAUUAAGUGAUUUUUUUAGCAUUAAUUGGAAGCUGUUGUGUGAAAUAUAUCUAUCCAGAGAAAUGUCACCCUAUAAAUAUUAUCAAAUAAUUUAGCCAAAGUCUUCUUAGAUAUUAAAUUAUAGGUCAAGCAUUUAAAGUGAAUUUGAGAUGAAAUGUAAAGCAUAUUUUCUAAGCAACAAAGAUAAUUUCUUAAUUUGAAAGUUUCUUAUUUCUUAAGAGUUGGAAUAGUUGAGUUUUUUUUGUGGUUUGUAAGUUUUCUUUUAGCUGCUCACUCCAUAAUGCAUUGUUUGACAGUUAAAGAAUACAAACCUUUUUUUAAUGCUUUUAAGAAUUUGGUUUAAAAAUUGAUCAACUUAAUGUUUUAUUUUUACUAAGAAGUAACUUGGCCCCAAAACCUUUUAUAUUUGUUAGGGUUUUGUUUUUGUUUUUGUUUUUUCCAGCAUCUGAAAGUCUAAGAUAUUUCUUUUGCAACUGAAAACAAACUUACCCUAAAUGUGUUAAAUCGUAUUCUUGUGUACUCUGUUGGUAUAUCUGUCAUUCCCUGAAAAUCUGAUGGCUAAUCCAAAACUGGCAUGCUUUAGAAUAUUCAAGGAAAAAAAACUACUUUUAAUACCAGCCUUUUAGAUUUCAAAGAUUUUCAUGAGAAAUAAUAGUAUGUACUAUAAGCAUUGACAAAACUUUGAAAGUUCCUUUCUAUAAAAUAUAAAAUACUCAUUAUAUAAAUCCAAGUCAGACAUGGCAGGUCAGUGUUAAACAUAGGAUGUUUUGUGUUUUAUAUUAUAAUGUUCAAAAUACAAGUAUAACCUUUUAAUAUUUGUCAACUUGCUUUUACAAAAGUAAAUCUUAAUUACUAAGCUUUUUUUGUUCAUAUGUCCUCCUACUUCUUCAGAUCACUAUAAGAAGUUGCUUGUAUGUUAAAAACCCAAGUCUAUUUUGUAGAUGUUGCAGUGUCAUCAGAGACAAAUUUUCUGUAAAAUAGCCCAGCAAAGACAUCUUUUAUCCUUUUUAUCUUUUAAUUUGAAUAAUCAUGGUUUAGUCCCUUGGGUUGCUGCCACAUCGGUUCAACAGUAUACCAGCACAUUCCCUUGUCAUCAUGGUGUUGGCCAAAAUUUAUUCUUAAUUGGAUGUUUAAAGCAUGCCCUACAUUGUUACAGUUGGUUUAGUGAUUGACAUGGCAUCAUAAGAGUGCAUGAAAUCUUAUGCCACAUUUACAAAACAUGUUUUUUUGGUCAUAUUCUAUCCUCUAGGCCAAGCACUAGAAAUAAGGGUGAUACCUUUAUACUUGUGCAUAAAACCAAAAUUAUAAUGGAGAAAAAUGUUUUUAAUUCAUGUAUGAAAAUAUAGCAAAAUCAUUUUAACAGUAUUACUUCCAAAUAACACGUAGAGCCUCAUGAAUAGUCUUGUUGGCAAUUUAUGUGUAGUUUAAGUAGAAUUAAGCAAAGGGCAAAGCUUUUGGUUUUUUAAUAUGCUACUUUUGGGUGUAAACAAACAUCUUAUUUAGGGUUAUUAUGCUCAGCUUUGAAAAGAACAAAGCUUCAUACCUCUGUACAUGUGGCUGGAUUUACAUAUUCUGUGUUUGAUACUAAUUUUGAAAGUCAAAUUACUUCUCUUGAUAUCUUGGUAAAAGUAACCAUGUUGCUAUAAGCCUUUAAAUAUGUUUAAUUUUGUCAUAUAGCAUUUAGAAAGUAUAUCUUAUGCAUUAUAAUGAGGAUUCUUGUUUGACAUUUUCAGUUCUAUCUUCUUUGGCCCUCAUAAUGGGCAAAGAAUUACAAUGGAGGCAGGUGGUUUGGGAGGCAGGGGAAGGGAGUAUGACAUUUUGCCUUAAGAAUAAAAAAAGUGCUUCAGCACUGCUGUCUGGCAUUUUUAAUGGAGGUAAUUAAAAUGAUUUUAGGAGCAUGGUAUGGAAUAGAAGAGGAAUUUCUCUUUUCUGGUCUUCGAGAAGUGCCUAACAGGUAGUGACUGAGAUCACAGAGAAGUGCAGGGCACUUAAGGAAAGUCAGGAAGGCCCUGAGAUGUCCUUUUCUUUUUUGUCUGAGUGUAUAGUAUUAAGAUGCCUAGAAAUGGGAUUCUGUUGUCCCCUCUUACAGGCACUUUGCAAUUCUUGCUGUGACUACAGCAACCACAUACAGUACAGACAACCUCAAAAUUUGUUUAUAUUACUGUAAAUAGAAAAACUAGACAGCUUUCUAGUUUUCUCUGCUGACAUUUUUUGAGAAUAUAUCUGUAAAUUUUGUAUGUAGGGGAUGGCAGCACAUCCCGUAUUAUCUGUGGACUUUGGGUCAUCUUCUCUCAAUUGCCCAGUUGUAUCCUGGAAUCAAUCCACUUUUCAAGGCUGGGUAGAGACAAGGUUUCUUUGCAUGACUUAACUCUGAAACUUCCCACUGUCCAAGUAUAAUCUGGAACUUCUUGCUUGAGGAUUGGCUUUCCCCAUAACUCAGCCAUCCUCCUGUCUCUUUGUUCCCUGUCAAUGAAGAUAUGCUGUCUUGGUCUUGGAGAUAUUCGCAACUUUACCUAUAUCCAUUGUUCCCCAAACUACUAAUUUCUAAGUAGGUUCUCUAGUUUUUUGCUGUCCUCCCACCACUGGCUUGAUUCAUUGAUUUGCACUUCACUCAUUGGAGAGUAUUGUCAGAAUUGAGUACAUCACAAGACUGGCUUGCUGUGUGCACAGCAUAUAAAUACCAGUAGAGUCCUUUAAAUUAUACUGUAUUUAACAUUUUAAUACUUCUUAAUUUUAGCUUCAUAUGCUGAAAAGUCGAUUCAGAAAGAUAAGAGAAGUACCUAGACUCUGCCAGCUCCUUGAGCUACCAGUUAGACAUGAAAGGGAUAAAGUUAAAUGUGUAUUAUCUUCAUUACCAAAAGUGGGUUACGUUUUGAAGAGUAUCAGUACAAAUAGUUUGAGUUGGAAAAAGUCACCAAACCAAAUUCAUAUGUAGUGUUUAACAUGAAGACAUCCCCCCAUCCUUAAAACCGUAGAUCACAUUCCAUUUUUUUUCUCGUUUACCUAAAGAACUAAGAUAAACAUUAGCUGUCUAAAGGAAUUAAUAAUGAGAAGCCUGUUUUUACAAAAUGAACCUGUUGAAAUAGACUUUAAAAGAUAUCAAAAGUAUUAAUCAUCAUGUAUUGACACUGUGUAGAUGCAGGCAUAAUAUAGAAAAUACUUUUUUAAUGUUACACUUAUACAAAAAUGAAACUUCUAUAUUAUGCUCCCUCAAAGAAUAUAUGAUCAUAUUAAGACCAGAAUGGUGGAGUAAAGGAAAGAAAGACAGAAUUUUAAAACUUCGAAAGCUAAAGAGUGACUGCUUCCAUUGAACCCUAAAAUUGUGUGUGGAAUUGUGAAGAAAUUGUAAGAGAAUACAGUUGGGUAAAUUAUGCAAUAUUUCUUAUCAGUUGUCUAGCCUUUGUGUAUUAUUCUAAAAACUGAAAUUUAAAUCUUUAUGGUCUUGCCUGCUAGAUAUUCUGUUCUUUGGUAGAAAAUUCCCAUAGUCUGUACUCAAGAAGUGCCUAAAAUUGAUUUGUGUUGAUUUUUAAGUCCAUCUAAUAAAUUAUAUGUGUUUUCUAUGGUAUUAUAUGUGCUUGGCUUACUGAUGAUACAGCCCUGAGGGUUUUCAAGUCACAGUUUUUUUGCUUUGUUUGAUUAAAAAGCCUUGAAAUGGAGAAUACCUAUCAUAAUUCUGAAUAAACCAUAGGGUAAGGAAGCAUGAACGAAACCAUUUUUUCUCUUUCUUAAUACAAAUAUUUCAUUAUCCCAGUGUUAGUUAAUGCAGAGACUAGAAAACUGAACUCUAUUUCUGUUUUUUUAAAAUAGUUUAAACAGACAAAAUUCUGUUUAAAAUUGUGUGUUUUAAAACCUUAGUAAAAAUGUGUUGCUUGUGUAGGAGGAGUCUCUUAAUUCUUCUCAUACUUAGUGGUUAGUAAUUUUGAAUCAUAUUUAGAUUUUGAGCCACUUUAUGUGUCAACACACCAAAAUCCUUCCUCUUUCGAUUCUCCUUAGAAAACAAAAUACUUGAUAGAACUUUAUUAUGUUUCUCAUAUAUCCUUUCUUCCUUCCUUCCUUCCUUCCUUCCUCCCUCCCUCCCUCCCUCUGUCUCUUCCUUCUUCCCUCCCUCUCUGUCUUCCUUCCUCCAUCCCUCCCUAACCAUAGAACAUGACUGUAAACUGAGGGCAAAGGCUUGACUGAAUUUUCAGUGAUUCACAGUUACAUUUUGUUUAUAUUUUAAAUCAUCUUGCAUGGAAAGUGAAAUGUAUAUAUGAUUUUAAUUAUCGUAAUAUAUACUGUUUUCUUCCAAAACUUCUUAUGUUGGUGACAGAAAGAAUUCCUCUAAUUAUUUUUGCCUGAAACUAAUCCUUCAGAUUAAAGUAGCUUUUCUUAUGUAUGUCCCUCUGUGGUUCCUUGAGAGGAGGUGAUACCUGCAGAGCACUUUUAAAGAUGUUUUCUGGGUUAAUGUAACACAAGAUAACAUAUUGAAGAGGAAGCUGUAAUUAUGUCUAAUGAGGGCUCUUUUGGUUGCUAGAGAUGAAAAAAUGUAUAUUAAUUUUAAUUUGUGCUUGAAAUACAUUUUACUAACUUGAUUUUUAAAUGUGACAAACUCAUCUUGUAGAUAUUAAUCUUCCUUGCUUAUUGUAUUUUCGUAGAGAAACCUGGAUGAUUGACAUUUGUGCUCUAUGUAUAUUGACAUAGUUGAAGCUGCAUUUAACAACAAAUUAGAAACCUUUUGAAAACUUUUAGGUUUGUUGUAUUGGAAUUUCUAAUAUGAUAAAAGGUUUUGACUCAAGUUUUGUAGGCAAGAAGAGGUGGGAAAUUUGUCUUAUCUCUUUAUCAUUUUGUUACCUUGUAUUUCUCUAUAUCCUAGGAAAAUUUUACACUCAAGGAAUAUUCCAAAAAGUGAUGAUCUUAGAGCACUUGGGUGCUUUUGUGUUUCAUCAGUGCUGACAUGUUAGGUACCUAGGGAAAUAAUGCUUCAGGGUCUUCUUGACAAGACAGCUUCCUGGGUGGCUGGGGGAUAGUUAUGUUUGCGCUUAGGUUGGGACAGAGUGGCAGAUGGUGUAGGGACCUCUCCAUUGGUGAAGCAGUGCAAUCAGCUGCUUUUCAGGUGUGUUACUUCAUUAUACUUGUAACAUCACCCUUGUAUCCAUAACUGACUGAAAUGUCAGGCUCCAGAACUGUAAGGUAUUGGGUCAGGUGACCAGUAGUAGGACUUUGUUUAUAAUGAAAUAAAGGAAUAAUGUUAAGUAAGGUAUACUUGGGGGAAAAUGAGAAAUAUGAUUUUACUGGUGAAUUUCCAUGUUUAAAAUUAUAUUAACUUUUUUUUAAGUUGCAUGUUAACCUGGGAUAAAAUAUUGUCUCUGCUUUAUGCUUUGAGUAAAAAGAAAAAAAUAGAUGAGUUAAUUGUUACCCUAUUAUGUACUGUUACACACGCCUUUUCUUUUAGAAAAGGUUAAUUAUAAUUACUAUUCACACAUCAUGUUGUCAGUGUUUUUUUUCUAGUUUCUUCUCCUAACGUGUGCAGAUUUGGUGAUGGCAUAGCUCUAUUAACUGUCCAGGGCUGGGAUCUACCAGGGCAGGUGAAAAGGUGUGACAGCCUUAUUGUGCAAAUAAGAAGAUUGUCCUCAUCUUCUCUAGGCAUCUUUUUAUGGAACUUAGUCAGCUAAUAGCAUUCUGUCUUUUACUUCUGGGUAUUUGAAUUGUACAUGGACCUGAUAAAUAGGGACGUUUGUGUGAUUAAUUUGUCUUAAAAUGUAAGGAAAGUCCAGUCAUUUUAAAUGAAUAUUAUUAAAGUGAACAUUCAUGAGAAUGGUUGAUAGUAAACAGAAGAAAGUUGCAGGUGGUGGCGGGAAGUCAACCCACACAUACACUUAUUUGAGUUUUGGUCUUUCUCCCCUCCUGGAAUGUAAGCUCCAGGACACCAGUGACCAUGAUUGUUGUGUUUACCAAAUUAUAUCUCUCAGUGCCGAAUGCAGUGCCUAGUAUAUAAUGUUUGUUCAAUUUAUGUGUUGAUAAAUGAAUGAAUGAACUGUUAAUAAUUCUGUGAGUUUUUCUCCAUGGAUAAGUAAAUUUUUCUUACCUAUGUGAUCGUAGCAUACUGCCUCAUUUAAUUCUUAUCUCAGUUUAAUUCUUAUCUCAAUUUUUAUUUAAUUCUGCCUUAUUUCAAAAGAAAUUCAAUGUGAUUAUAUAUUUUUCUGAUUAGUUCUUCUAGUAGAAAUAAGACCUAUUUCCCUAAAAAUGGCCUAAAAGCAUCAUGCAGUGCAAAUAAAUACGUACAAAUUUUAUUUCUUUGAAAUCUGUGUGAAUCUGCAUCUGGGAAUGUCAGGAAUGUCAGAUGUUUGUUGUAAGCCUCUGCAGACAUUAAAAUAGUAAAUGGUACAACAGCUCUUUGGGAGAAGAUCUGUGUCAUCUUCUUGAUCUUUUAUGCCCUUCCCUUUUUUAGUUUCCACAUGUGGAAUAUCCUCUUGGUGGUGGUGAGAUAACCUUUGUCCCAAGAAAAGAAUGAUGUUUUCACAACGUAAAAUAGCUUCUGGCAGGCCUUUUGAAUAUGUUCCUUGUGACUGGAACCAACCUUUUGAGGAUUCCAAUGAGUUGGGCUGCAUAGUGACCUUACGUUCUACAUUACAGCAAAUCAUUCUAUAUCAAAAUGGAUGAAAUCUUUUGAAACAGAUCCAGUGCUUGGAUUCUUCUAGUAUUUAAAUCCCCAAAUAAUAUUCCACCGUAUUUCCAUUAUUUUCUUGUACAAGGAAUAUUUUCCACUGCAAGUUUUUUUCAUAGUUCAGAGCAUUUCUCUUGGCUAGAAUCCCAGAAGAGAAACUACUGGAUUAAAUGGUUUGAUGCAAUUUGAGAAUGCCUAUUAUUCCAUAUUUAAUUAAUACUGUGUAUUAAGGAAAAAAAACUUUUCCACUCUAAUAAAAGGAAAGCAUGUUGUCUUAUUUUGCACUUAUUUGAUUGAGACUUUUUUUUUUAAUACGCUUCAGUUUCCUCUUAUUCUUUUGUUUUGUUCAUUUGUUAUUAGGAUCUUAGUGUUUUUCUAGUGAAUGGAUUAAAUUCUUUAACUAGUAAAUAUUAUCAGUCCUUGACCAUUAGACUUCCCAAUUUGCCCCUUUAAUUUUUAUAAUUAUCCUUUUAGCAUAUAAAAGUGUUCAUUAAUGUAAAAAGUUCCAUAAGAAAUGCAUAAUUUCUUUGAAUGAAAAUCAGGAAAGAGAUACAAUAAGCAAAAAAGAAAAUUAAAAUCAUUCAUUGUCCCAUUAUGUUAAUAAAACCAGUAACAACACUUUGGAAUGGGUAUAUAUUUGAAUCAAUAUUUCGAACACAGAAUUCCAAAACACUGGAUAAUUUUCUAACAACAUACUUAAUGAACAUCUUUUACGUAUAAAACAUUAAUUUAAUGGAUGUAUUGUGUUUGCCUGUUUGGAUUAUCAUAAUUUAUUUAACCAGUCUUCUGUAGAUACAUAUUAAGUUGUCGCUUACUUCUCACCAUUAAAAAUAAUACAGUUAAUAAUUGAAUUUAUUUUUUAUUCAACUUACAAGUUGAAUUUGCUGUGUAAACAUGUGUGGAUUUUUAAAAGGCAUUAUUGACAUAUUGCCCAAUUGUCUUCCCAGAAGAGUACCCAAAUCCUGGUUAGUUCUUUGCUCAAACACAUGGCAUCUCUGUACUGAGACAUUUCAUAUUACAUUACGAUUUGUUAACCUGCCCACUACUCUUCACAGGCCAUCACUGCUCUCCCUAUGCUGUGCUUUAUGUUCACUUGUUUGCCCUCAUCCAACAAAGGGCAGCACAGAACUUCUCUCUACCCUUGAGUUUUCUGUGAUCUUUAGCCUUUAAUUGUUGUGCAAAGUUUACUUGUUAUUCCACUUGUAAUGUAUCCAUCCUAUGCCAAUCAUUGACUCUUUUGCGAAAGAAUAGAAGGAGAAAAAAACUUAAUAAUAUUCUUCCAGCUGAUCUUUUUUUAAUGUGGGGGAAGAGUGAUCCCUAACACAGUCAUCUAACAGGUGACCUGUCUUCUGCCUCAAUGCUUUCCUGCAAAUGUAGCAGUCUACAAUUAUCAGCCUUCAAUCCGAGUCCUUUUACUUUUCUUUUAAAGGUUCUUCAUUUAAUAGUUUAUAUUCAUUUUAGUAAUAUAGACUGUACUCUUUCCUAACUGUGACUGAAAUUCUUAUCUUAUUAUCUCUUGUAAGAAAUUUGCUUUUGAUGAACAAGUUGAACAAGUUUUGAACUUGUAGGAACACAUCUUUGUUUAUUUCAAGCAUUACCUGUUUCAUUCUUUUAAAUUCUUAGCUAAUCUCUGGGUGAAAAGUGAUACCUCAUUUGUGUAUUUGAGGUAUGAGAUUGAACAUCUUCAUAGAUUUUUGGUUAUUUCUAUUAUAUAAAUUUUCUCCUUUGUGCAUUUCUAUCUCCUUUGUACUGCUUUGUGAAAGUUGUUUUAAAGCACAGUGAUCUUUUGCCAUGUGUCAUUAAAUUUUUUACAUUUGUGGUAUCAAGUGGUAUAUUAAGUUGGUUGCAGAAGAAUUAAAAAUUUUAGUUGGAUAUAUUAGGCUUUCUUUAUGGUUUAUCUCUUGUUCAAAAUUUUUAUGAUGGAGGAGAUGGAAAAUAAUUAUAACUAAUGGCUGUAGGAUAUUUUUAUCUUUUCCCUGAGUGGAUGAUAGUGACUUUCUUUUUUCCUUUUUUCCCCCAAUGAACUGUUUGCAGUUGAUGUGAUAGGAUUAAUAAAGAGGAAAUGAUUGGCUUUUCAAUCUACUGGAAUAUAUGUCCUGCAUUUCCUUUAAGUGUCUUUAACAUCUUACCUUUUUUGUAGGAUCCUACUUAAGCCAUACAUUGCAUACAGUUUAAAGGUAAAAAGUAUUGAAAGUCCUGUGUUAAUCCAUUCAAAAUAUAGAUCCAGUGUCCAUUAAUGUCCAGAAUAUUAAGGGAUUUGUUAAAUUAUAAGAUGAAACAUGCUGCCAUUAAAUUUUUUUUUACAAGGAGAUUUUAACAACAUGGGUAAAUAAUUGAUGGUUGUGACAUGUUAAGUGGGAAAAAAGGAUACAAACUUUUACAUCUAGUAUGAUCUCAACCGUGGGAAAAAAGCAUAGA